GUUAGAGAAAUUAAGUCAACUGUAUCAUCAAGGUUAUCUGUGUAUAUAACUGGAAGUUCUUCCCUCAUUACAGACAUGACAGAGAAAAUUUGCAGCAAACAAAGUUGAAAAACUAUGGUAUGACAACUCAAGUUAGACAUGAAGAUUUUUCUGCAAUUGUGGCUUGUGUGUUUGAUAUAUGCAUUGUUAUAAGAGGUAACUUGGAAAUUUCCAAUUUGAUUGACAGCUUCAUAUGGAAUGAGAAAAUGGUUAUUCCAGUGUUAUGUCAAGAUCUGGCACAAAUAUCAAAGAAACCUCAAGACAUAAGUAAAAAUGAUUGGUCCAUAUUAUCCAGUGCCAUGGCAACACCAGAACAAAUAGGACAGGUGGUGAAAUCUGUCAUUUUACAGAAUUCCAGUGAAAGACUUUCAGAACAAAUCAGCAGCAUUAAUGCACCUACUACAAGUCCUAAUACAGCAUUAAGGAAAAUGACAACAGUAUUACUCCCUUAAAAGAUCUAACAUAUUAAAUUUUAAUUUUAGACUUAAAAGCCUAAUUUAUGAUUUGAAAUAAUAAUUAAAGUUUAAUCGUAGAUUGGAUUUGUGCU